UGUAUUGUUACGUUUGGCAACGCUGUCGAGCGUCUCCUCACAGAUUUGAGUAAUUUCAUAAGCGGUGGGCUUUGUUGUUAAAUGGUUGGUUAGCUGGACAACUUAGAGGACAUACUGUGUACCUGUAAGAUGGGCAGAAAUAUGCACUAGUAAAAGAGUGUAGCGGUGUUUCGGAUACUUCCCUACAGUGUGAGCAUCUAUUCGCUCAAAAAAUUAAUUGAAAACGGAUAGAUCACUUCCUAAAACAGUUGGGUACUACUAACAUGGAAUUGAAGUCUUCGAGCCAAAAAUCAGCUCAAAGAAACAAACGUCAAGCAAAAGUGUUGGAGGAGAACUUCUGGGAUUGUUCCGUGUGCACUUACAGAAAUACCGCGGAGGCAUUUAAGUGUCUAAUGUGCGACGUUCGUAAGGGCACCACUACCAGAAAACCGAGGAUAAAUCCGCAGCUUGUAGCCCAGCAAGUUGCACAACAAUACACGUCGACGGCGCCAAAAGUCGCGAAAAAGGAGGGAGGGACAAAAGAAGGAGGCACGAAGGACCCACCUCCCAAAGAAAAAACGGAGAAGAAAUCCGGGACCCCAGAGAAAGCCUCCAGGAAAAGCGUGCCACGGAUCAAAAAUAUUGACAGGACUACUGGCGUGACAAGUGAGGUCACUGUGAACGAUGUUACAGUAUUUAUAACAGAGUACAAAGCAAAAAAGCCCCCAGAACACUGUAGUCAGUCAAGUACCGCGUCCUCGGAACUGGGAAGCCACUCAGAAUCCAGCAAUGACGCUCGGAGUAGUGAUGCAGCCUAAUGGAUUCUGAAGGUCGAGAGAGAAUCUUUUCAAAGAAACUGCCAAAUGGUGCUAAGGACAGCAGCAUCUAUUUAAAAAUCCUGGCAGCUGCAGGACAGUAAACUCAAGAUUUUAAUAUAAACUUGUGAAAUACACAUAUGAAAAGUCAUACUGUAUUUAGAACAAAGGUAGCAGACAUAAUGAUGUAGUAAAACAUAUUUAAACAUAUGAAUGUCUAUAUAAAAUAAUAUUUUUGUCAUCUAUUAUUCUUGUUACACUAAUGUGUCAAGUACAAGAAUAUAAAAUUCUUUUGUAAAUUAAGACACCUGUAAGGCGUUCAUAUUUGUUGAUACAUAUGAUGGUUUAAGAUUAUGUUUGGAAGAACAUUGUUUUAUAAUUGGAUAUUGAUUUAUUUGAGCAAAAUCAAGAAGGCUUACUGUCUGCUUGAACUAUGUUUGUGAUAAAAUAUCUUUUACAUUUGAAAAGUAUAUUUAUUUGAGUCAAUUUGAACAUUGUUUGCAUUCAGUGGCGUAUAUUAAUUAUAAAAGGGCACAUUACUUCGUGCAUCAUUGUUGUGACUUCAUCUGCACCUAUAUUAUGUAAUACGUGUUAGGUACGUGGCAGGCAGCAUAUUGUAACAGCACUGUUGACUGUAUUCAUUCGUAUUUUGAAGUAUAGAUUUUCUGAGUGACACCUGUGUGUUAUGGAUAUAGCAGUAGUACUUUUCUUAAUUUAAUAAUAUACAGUUUGACUCGAGUCAUUUCACAGUGAAACUGUGUGGCAUUGUAUUUAACAUUUCAACCACAUAUUGAGCAUUGUUAAACAAACUAGUCAUAGAAGCAAAGAUCUUCAUGGAUACCAUGUGCCAUCACCUUUUUGGUUAACGACUAGCUAUCUGUAUCCAGUAUUAGGACAUUUUAUAUUAAAUAAGGAGUUGCUGCUUCUGGUUCUUAGUAACAGCCGUAUUCACAUUGGAUUCAUAGCAUAUAACAGUUGUUGGGACCUACACAGCUCUGCUCCUAGGGGUGCCAGUACAGAAGAGACAAUAAGUCAUUGUCACAAAUAUAAAUUACCAUAUGCUGAAAACUCUCAAAGGAACUAUUUCUGGUUCAUCUCACCAUGUAAGAUUUUUUGACUUAAUUUGUGCACCGCAGUAAGUUUAACAUACCUAGAGACCUAGUCCUUGAGACCCAUAUCAUGUAAUAAACUUAUAAAUGUGAAGAAAUCUGGCUUGGAAGAAAAAAGAUUCAUGUUGCGCAGCUAUAAUUAGCAAAACUGGGUUUUUUCCCCACAGACUGUUAUCUGUGACCCCUCCGUCUGUCUAUCUUUGCAUCUAUCAUCCAGCUGUUAUUGGCCCGUACAGCCUUCAGAAGCUGCCUCUGGCUCCUCCAAUAUAAACCUAUCUUCUCCCAGGGUGUUGAAAUGCUCACCUCAGUUAGGUCAUUUUCCUUCCCCACCUAAUAUACCAGUGACACAAGUUUCCCAUGAUUUUUCUCCUCCUCUCGGUGUGGGAAUUACUCCUUGUCACAUGACCUGCAACCAGAUCUGCUUGCUUCCCAUGAUGUUUGCAAUAUGUUAUCCCUCCCCCUUCACAUGACAUACUUCUUUGUUCACUGUGUUCUUUGUCCUCCGUCUUUGACAGGUUCAAAGAUUUGCUGCACCACUAUUCAGUCUUCUUAGCUACCCAGGUUUCAGAACAAAUGAGCGAAGGAUUGUAUCAUAGGUUGUACUCUGUGUGGCAUACAUUAUCUCAGCCUAUUUUGCAGCUUGAUGAAACAUAUAUCUCCACAUUAUACCUUAGGUCCAGUUCAUUACAUGUGGUUAGCCAACCUCCCAGGAACCUAAAUUUCUGAUUUGUAACUUAAAUCUACUUGUGAAAACUCAUUAUGGCCUUGAUCCAGAAGACACGAAAAUCUCAGUUUGUCUUUGUUUUGGCUCAGCAGCAUAAUGUCAUUUGUUAAGGCUCCUCAUUUGUUUUCAUUUAGUUCACUUUUGCUUACUUGAUGUUUAAUAUUUGCAUUAUAAUACAACACUGGUAAAGGUGCUUCCACACAUUUUACUUUGAACCUAUAGGACACAUUUGCAUGAAACACUGAACAAGCUGGUUGGGUGAAGGCAGUUGACUUGUGUUUGGGAGUAGUUAGUUUCAAACCCUGUUAUGGCCAUUCAUAUUUAGGUGUUCUGUUGUUUUCCUAAAUUGCUUAUGGCAAAUGCUUGGAUGGUACAUUUGGAAAAGUUUUGGCCAAUAUCAUUCCCCAUAUUUGCCCUGUCAAAGAUCAUGCUUUGCCUCUAUUAAUAUCACUGAUAGCUGGACUUUAAGCCAUGGUCAUCCUUCCUUACACCACAUGGCACUGUAUUAUUAGGUCCAAAAGAUACCGUCUUGUUGAGUUGAUAAUCUUGUUUGGAUUUGGCUCUCUUGAUAAGACUUUUCCAUAAGAACUAAUGUAACAUGACUAAAAUACUCUUCUCAGUUUCGAAAGUUUUAUAGUGGCAUUUAAUCUUUUACUUACUUACAUUUAUUUUAUGCAGUUACUGUUGAACUGGUAUAAUACCAAUAUAUUCAUAUUGUGCAAGUGUACUUUUAUAUUGUAUCAAUAAUGUAUGCAGUUACUGUUGAAGUGGUAUAAUAUCAACAUUUUCAAAUUGUGCAAGUGUACUUUUAUAUUGUAUCAAUAAUGUAUAUGUUAUACAUCAUAAACUGUAUGACUUUUGAUAUUUACUUUGUUUGUAAAACCUGGUUUUUGGGACUUUAUUAUUUUUAUGACACGCAAGAAACGACUGUAGCCUAAGUGCUAUGGAGUGCGUAAGAUUUCUUAACUGCUCAGUUGCGAAAUAAGUCCAGAACUCUGCAGCGGAAUACAUAUCCAGUACGGAAGUGUAUAGUGACUUUGUGCUGGAGGGGAUUUGAACCUGGAACCAUUGCAUUCUCUAUGCAGAUUUACUGACGACUAUGGAGGCAUGAUUCAUUACCCAUGUGGAUUGCGUAGCCAGUAGAGCAUUUGUCUUAGAAGACAGUGGUUCUGGGUUUGAGUGCUGUCGUGGUACACAGUUUGAAAGUGUUAGGAAGAUUCAAAACAGCCCACAUUCCGCUUCAGAAUGAAAAUACAUUGUGGACACAUCACAAUAUUUGUUUCUGAUAGCUCUGUAAAUUUACCUGAAAGCUUUGGAGGGAUCACCAGGGACAAAUUCCUUCCCUGCAGUAAUAGACCAGUAUUGGCUUGUGAGACAGAGAUAGGUGUUAGAGUUGGACAGACUAUAGAGGAACAUCGAAUGCAGUUUGUGAUCACGAUAUGCUAAAAGCUGUAAUCUCUGUUGGCUAGAAUGAUUAAUAAGAGCACACAUAAGUGGCAAAUACUCUGCACUGAUUAUAUCACUAAGGAUUGCAUAUAUACUGGGUGCAUGAUGAAGUAUUUAGUUUGUUGGACUAAGGUGUAAAAUAUUAGGAAAUCUUUAUGCCGGCUGAAUGCAUCUAUUCGAGCAUAUGUUUAAAGUAAUGCUUUUUGUCUUUGUUUUAUAAUUUGUUAAUUAUGUGGAAGCAUGCUGUAUCACGCAUUGAUGGUGUUCAAAACCAUGUAGUUACAAAUUUCCAGACUACUGGGUGUGCAUUUAUUGAAAUUGUAGAUACAAGUGUGAAACUGAUGUAUCCACUGACCAUCUUUUUUUCUUUUACCUUUUCUUAAUUUCAGAUGUGUAUGUGUUUCUCUACAUUGACUUUAACAAGUAUAGUAGUGAUGUAUAUAUCUGCUUCAUACAAGAUAUUGUACAUUGUCUUGGUAAUCUGUAUUUCUCCCCGAGUCAGCAUGAAACAAUGUGCUGUGGAAGAAUAGUCUACGAUGAGUGUUUGAAUUUAUUCUUUAUUAGUGCUCAAAGUGACUGUGUACCUUUGAUUGCAAGUCAAAAUUAUCCCAAUUUAUUUUGGCAGGAGUAAAAUGACUAAUUAUUUGUAAUUGCGUGUCACACGACGCGUUUGUGUCCACUGCCAUACCCCAGUUCCUUGUAGAUAAUUGUGGGAGCAUCCAAAUAAUUGUAAUUGUGAAAAGUAUUUACAGUUCAAAAGAUUUAUUAUGUGGGACGAACAUGUCUACAGUGGAAUUAUAUUGUGUGUGUUUGUGUGUGUGUGUGUGUGUGUGUGUGUGUGUGUGUGACAGAAAGAGAGAUGUUUUAAAUAUAUUUACUGACAUACAUUUGAAUAAAUGUAAUGUUUAACUCUCUGCUAUUUUAUUAUUGUUUAAUGUAAUUUUAAACUGAAUAAAGUGAGUAUUAAAUGAA